CCAGACUACUCCAGGACCAAGUGUCUCCCAAGGAGCUGCAGCGGCGGGGGGUGUGUCUGCUGAAACUGGGCAUGUCUGAGCAAAGCGUGGGUCUGUACGGGCGGUCCCUGCUCACACUACGGCCGGGGCACGCAGGCGGGGCGAGGGAACUGCCCUCCCAUACUUUCACUCCCGGUGAUAUUGUGGGUCUGACGCCCUCAUCAGAAGCCAGACCAGGAGCGACCCAGGUGUCGGGUGUCGUGUCGUAUGUCACGACCACGGCCAUCAGCGUGGCAUUUGACGAGUCUAUAGACGUCCUCUCAUUGGAUGGUGAUGCUCUCUACAACAUAGUCAAGCUAGCCAAUGAUGUCACAUACAAACGUUUAAAAAGAGCCCUGAAAGACCUGGAGACGUACGAGCACACCUGUUCCUCACACUUGGUGCAGGUGCUGUUUGGUGAGGCAGAGCUCAGCUCACCUCUCACACAACUCACCUUUCCAGGUGUCACCUCAGCAGAUACGAUUGAUUGGUGUAACCCAUCGCUGAACGAGUCGCAGCGAGAGGCGGUACAGUUUGCGUUACGACAGCGGGAAGUUGCGGUGAUCCACGGACCCCCCGGUACCGGUAAAACAACCGCCGUGGUAGAAAUCAUCACCCAAGCCGUCAAGCAAAAACUCAAGGUUCUUGCGACUGCUCCGUCCAACGUUGCCGUGGACAACCUGGUAGAACGCCUGGCAGGUUACGGUAUCCAUGCCAUCCGUUUGGGCCACCCCGCCCGACUGCAGGAGGGUAUCAAACGCUUCUCGCUGGAUGCACUUCUGGCGGGAAGUGACGGGGCUAAAAUUGUACAAGAUGUCAGGAAAGACAUGACGAAAACACUGUCCCAGAUGAAGAAGUGCCGAGGCAAGGCAGGAGAGUACCAGGCACUACGGCAGGAGAUGAAACACCUGCGCAAAGAACUCCGGGAACGAGAGGAGAAGGCUUCGCUUGAGAUCCUGGCGGGCGCGGCCGUCGUCCUGGCAACCAACACGGGGGCAUCGCCCGACGGGCCGCUCAAGCUGUUGCCACGGAAACACUUUGACUUGGUUGUCAUCGAUGAAUGUGCACAGGCCCUGGAAGUGUCGUGUUGGAUCCCGCUACAGUACGCAGGCCGCUGUGUUCUCGCUGGGGAUCAUCUACAGCUGCCUCCAACCAUCAUAUCACACAAAGCUGCUGCUCAAGGACUGAGUGUGUCACUCAUGGAGCGUGUCAUUGGUCUCCAUGGCGACCAGAUCGUGCGUAUGUUGACAACACAGUACCGUAUGCACCGCGACAUCAUGGCCUGGCCCUCUACUGAACUGUACAAGGGCAAACUGGUCGCUCACGAGUCGGUGGCCUCUCAUCUGUUAUGUGACCUUGCUCCUGUAGAAGAGAACGAGGAUACGGCCCUCCCCCUCUUGCUGGUGGACACCACCGGCUGUGACCUCUGGGAGAUGGACGUGCCGAGUGACCAGUCCAAGGGCAACAAAGCCAUCACACGGGCACGCCGACAUCUUGCCAUCAUCUGUGAUUCUGAAACUGUCAGUCACCACAAGUUCCUGUCAUCCCUCAUGGACUACAUGUCUACACAAGGGGAGGUCAGGAGUGCUCACCAAUACAGUAAUGAUAGCGAAGUGACAGUGUCAGCAGACUACAGCAAUGUUCCAGUCAACGUGCACAGAAAACAGGCCCCAAAAGAAACGUCAGGAUCAACACAAACCAAAGGGGCUGAUACAUGUACUACAGAAAAGGAUGAUGUUACAGCGGAGGUGAAGCAAGAACCACAGCCCUCUGAAGAUGUUGGACCACUAGAGAAGAAAGAAGAGUCAGAUGAAUCUAAAACAGGGACAUUAUUACAAAAUCAACAGGCUGUGGAUGGCACACAGAAAGCAAACAACCCAACAAUAGAACAGGAUGGCUCACAGCAAAUUUCAGAAUCUGUUGGGGGCACCAAACCAAAAAGGAAACGAAACAGAAACAGAAACAAGAACAAAUUCAGCCAAGAAAAUAUUCCUAACGAUAACACAGAAGUCAAUCAAAAACAAACUAUAACAACAGAAAAGGAACAGACAGAAACACUUGCAUCAAACUUCGCCACAUGCGAACAUUGUGGAAAAGAACUGCCUAAACCUAAUCUAGAGCUUCACACCAUGCACUGUCGAAGAGUAGCAGAACUAAAAGGAAAACUACAAGCAGCAAACGCUCCAAGAGAGAAAGUGCAAGCACCCCCUAAGCAAGCAUCAUCAAGGCAAGAGAACAAAAGACGUCCAAAAAGCGGAAAAAAGAAACAAGGCGGUAGAAAUCUAGAUGAAAAAGAGGAUGGGAAUGAUGACUUUGAUGCAAUGCUUGCACGCGUGGUGAAAGAAGACCAUAGCUGCCAUUACGAGAGAUGUAAGAAUAGCGUGGCCACGGUUGGUCAGUUCUGUACCUACUGCCGUAAGUUGUACUGCCUGAGUCACCACAUGCCUGAGGUGCACGGCUGCGGGGAGGACGCUCACAUGGAGGCACGAGCCAGACUGUCCAAGGACACGAUUGUGGAAGGUAAGCUGUAUGCAGGUGCACAGAAGAAGCUGAAACCUGAGAAGAGAGCCUAUCUACAGAGGAAACUGGACAAGAAACUCUCAGGCAUGGAGGAGAAAAGGCAACCCAAGAGGCCAUCUGAAAAAUAAAGUAAAAAUGCCCUGAUAUGUAAAAUUGCUGCCUCACGUCCAAGACUUGUAUUACAAUAAUUAGGAUUUGGAGCUUGAAGUACAAAUGCCUUAAGUAUCAACGUUUUAAGCUUUUUAUCUAUAACAGAAACAUUGAUAUCGUUAUUUGUAUUUCCAUUUCUGUACUCAACUGCACAAAGCCCACUUCAGGGGCAUCCUGAACAGAGGGGCAUCCUGCAAAAGCUGUUACUGUAUUGUUAUCUCAAUGUUGCUUUAGUAGCAAAUUCUCCAAAUGCAUGACAAUGACAUUACAUGUAACAUGACUUGCCUGUGCUAUGGACGAGCCACAAUAAACAAGUGCCAUGCGAUGGGCAAUUUUGCCACACCAA